AUGGGGGGGGGGUUGGGGGGUUUGGUGAUGAGGGUAGGGGGGGGGGGGUUGGGGGGGGUUUGGUUUGGGUUGGGGUGUAUUGUUGUGGGGUGGUGGGGGGGGGUGGUUGUGUUGGGGGUUAGUGGGGUGGUGGUGGGGGAUGGGGAUGUUGGAUGGGGAUGUGUUUGGGGAUGUUAUGUGAUUGUUUUGGGUGUGUUUUGGGGGUUUGGUGUUUGGGGGGUUAUUGGUUUUUUGGGUUGGGUGGGUUGGGGAUUUGUUGGGUUGUGUGGUGUGGGUUUUGGUUGGGGAUUGUGUUGGGGUUGGGUUGGGGAUUUUGGUUGGUUGGGUUUGGGGGGGGGGGGGGGGUGGGGGGGUUGGGGUGGUGAUUGGGGGGGGGGGGGGGUGGUUGUGGGAUUGGUUAUGAUUAUUAGGGUGUUGGGGAGGGGGGGGGGGUUGGGUUGUGAGGGGGGGUUUUUGAGUUUGUGGGUGUAUUGGGUGGGGGGGGGGGUGUGUGUGGGGUGUUUGGUGUGGUGGGUUGGGGGGGGUGGAGUUUUUGUUUUGGAGGGGUUGGGGGUUUGGGGUGUUGUUGGGGGGGGGUGGGGGGGGGGGGGGGGGUAUUGUGGGGUUGGGUGUGGUGGUAGGGGGGUUGGGUGGGUGUGGGGGGUUGGGGGGUUUGGGGUGAGUUUUUGGGAAUUUGGGGGGGUUUUUUGGGGGGGGGGGGGUUGGUUGUUGGGGGGGGGGUGGGGGGUUGGGUGUGGGUUGUGGGUGGGUGUGAGGUUGAUUGGUUGGGGGGGGGUUGAUGUUGGGUAUUUGAUUUGUGUUGUUUUAUGGGUUGGGGGGGGGGUGGGGGGGGGGGGGGUGUGGUUGUGGGUUUGGGUGGUGUAG